AUGAGUACGCCGAAGAGAUGUCAUCCAUUUCUAUCAAAAAACUCUGGAGAAAUGCUGAAAAUCAGACAAGGAACUCACGAAAUUCGUAGCGAGCCUGUCCAAUUUUCAAACCAGCCUCCUGUCAACCCACCCGUGAACACUCAAGUUGGCUUCUUCAGAAAUACCGACGGAAUUCCAAAGCAUAAAAAUCGACCGGUUAUGCCCAAUAGCUCGUUUCCUACGAGAUGCGUAACCUAUGUGGAUGUACUUAAUCUGAAACCUCAAGUUCAAUUAAAGAAAAUGGAAUUCAAGAAAGAGAGUUUACCACCAAUGAAUAACCCAUCAAAACCACGAGAAGAUCCUGUGGUGCCAGAAAUAUUGAAAAAAACCAGCUCCGGGAUCAAAUCGGUUCAGCAUGUUUCUCAAAAAGAUAAACUUCAUUCUGAAACAAAUGAAGGUGUUCAGCCAGACAUUGCCCCCCUUGACGAUGUUCACAGGCCAGUUGUAGAACUCACCCAGUAUCUAGGCUCAAAUAGUACUGAGAAGCCAGAUGUUACAAUUGCUAAGAAUUUGGAGCCCUCUAAAAUAACAAAGAUUGUAAACGAAGAAACCAAGCCUGAUGAUCAAAUCCAACAAAUUUCGCAUUUGGACGUUACAGCAAAAGAAGAUGUUGAUUCAAGUAUUGAACUUGAAAAUGAAGAUAAUUGUCAAAUAGACGAUGACAUAAAAAAUACUUCGGAAGUGCGCAAAGAAAUAACAAAAUUUGAAGAAACAGUGGCUGUUCCUGAUGAAAAUGAGCAAUCGUUUGUGAAUUCCAGUAAUUUCGUCGACCCGAAUUGUGAAAAAGAAACUUCAAAUGAAGAUCAAAACCAACAAAAUGAUGUUGUGGCCGAGGAAACGAUGGAAAAACCUGGUAAUUUGACAAGAUCGUUUUUGACCGAAAAUAACAGGCUUCUUAUUGAAGAAGCUUGUUUAGAUGGCAUUGAGCAUUCUAACAUUGUUGCAGAAAUAAGAGAAGACGAAAAAACAGAUGAAGUGGCUUGGGAAGAUUUAAAUGCAAAAGAAAAAACAGACGACGAAAAUCAAACAAAUGAUAAUCUGCCCGAAAAACAACUAACAAAUUCUGCGGAAGUUCCUCCAUUGUGUCCAGAUGAUGCUGAUCCACCAGCUGAGCUUUCCAGCCUUUCAGAAAUCAUAAUCCAAGCGAACUAUCUUCCAAAUGAUGGUUCUAGUAACGGAGAAAAGUCUGAAGACCGAGAUGCAAAUGAAAUCAUGGAUUUGUCUCAAAAUCCUCCGACAGAUCAAUCUGUAAAAGAAAGCUCUGCACCGCCUCUUGAAAACCCAUCUAAUUUUCAGCCGGAAACUUCAAACAAAUAUGCCGAUCUGACUUUGGAUGACCUUGAAUUUGACUCACUGAACUCGAAUGACAUGACCAACGAGCUUGAAGCCUUGAAAGAAGAGACCCCAGAAUUCAAUAAUCAAGAAACAAUUGCUUGAAGUUAAACAGAUGCAUUGAUUUAUUAUUUAAUUUUUCUUUAUAUUUUUUGUAAAUAAUUAAAGGCUAAGUGAUUAUAUCAAAUGGAGUUAUGUCAUUUUACAGCUUCAAUAUAAAACAGUUAAAACGUUGUCUGCUUUCCAGUUGUUUUUUAUUACCUAUUAACAGAAAACGAAAAAAAUAAUAAUAAA